AUGGAGCGCCUGGCCCGCCCGGUGCGCCGCUCGCCCUGGCUCUGCAACGUGCUGCUGUACGGGAGCCUCUUCGCGGCGGGCGACGCGGUCCAGCAGCGGCUCCGGCGCCGGCCGGGCCAGCGCGCCGACUGGGCGCAGACGCGGCGGGUGGCGCUGGUGGCGCUCACCUUCCACGGGAACUUCAACUACCUCUGGCUGCGGGGCCUGGAGCGGCUCCUGCCCGGACGCGCGCCCGCCGCCGUGCUGGCCAAGGUGGGCUGCGACCAGCUGGUGGGCGCGCCGGUGGCGAUCCUGGCUUUCUACUCCGGCAUGAGCAUGCUUCAGGGCAAAGAGGAUAUUUUCGCAGACUGCCAGCGGAAAUUCUGGAAUACGUAUAAGACAGGAUUGAUGUACUGGCCUUUUGCACAGCUUUCCAACUUCAGCCUUGUUCCGGUGUAUCUGAGGACAGCAUAUACCGGCUUUUGUGGAUUCCUCUGGGCCAUUUUCCUUUGCUUUUCGCAACAAAGUGGGGAUGGAACAGUGAGUUCGGCUUUUCGGCUGCUCCGAGGAGAGAAGGCUGAUGCAGAGAAGACACCGCCAGGGAAAUAAAUCGUCAGUGAAACAAAAGAUUCCUCCCUUGUUUGAGGCAGCAA